CACCAGAGCAUCUCUCUCCUUCUGCUCUCCCUCUUUUCUACACCGCCCACUCCUUCCCAACCAUUGAUCCGACCACUCACCGCCGCCUCGCCGGCUUCUUCGCCUCAUUACAUCGCCCCGCUGCGCUUUUCUGCAUUUUUUUUAAGGAAGGAAGAAAAAAAAACCUGCACAUUUUGGACGAAAAAAAUAACUAAACAACAACGACUAAAAAAAAAGAAAAAAGCACCAUCAUCACCAUGGCGAGCACCGAGGAUAAGGCGGCCAACAAGGAGAACGUGUCCAGCUGGAAGGACUCCAUCUACAAUCCGAGGACCGGGGAGCUGCUGGGUCGUACGGCCAGCAGCUGGGCCCUCAUCCUGUUGUUCUACUUGGUUUUCUACUGUUUCCUGGCUGGUAUGUUUGCCCUGACCAUGUGGGUGAUGCUGCUCACUCUGGAUGACUAUGUGCCGAGGUACAGAGACCGCGUUCCCUUCCCAGGGCUGGCAAUUCGUCCAAAUUCACUGGAUAUCGUGUUCAACAAAUCUGACGCGGCGCAGUACAAGACUUAUGUCGACCAUCUGGAGGCCUUCCUCAAAAGAUAUAACGACACAGAGCAGGAGAAGAACGAGGCCUGCAUUUCUGGGCAGUACUAUGAUCAGGAGAGUGAAACUGAAAUGACAAAGAAAGCUUGUCACUUCAAGAGGGGCUCCCUGAGUCUGUGCUCCGGCCUCUCUGACAACAGCUUUGGAUAUCGUGAUGGAAAACCCUGCGUGCUGCUGAAGAUGAACAGGAUCAUUGGCCUGAAGCCAAUUGGAGAUCCUUAUAUCAACUGCACAGUAAAAAAAGACAACCCAGUUCAAAUGCAAUAUUUCCCCAGCGAGGGCCGCUUUGAUAAGAUGUAUUUCCCCUACUACGGCAAGAAAGCCCAUGAGAACUACGUGCAGCCCCUGGUGGCCGUGAAGCUGCUGCUCACCAAGGAGGACUACAACAAGGAGCUGUCGGUGGAGUGCAGGGUAGAGGGCUCCAACCUCCGCAACGACGACGAGCGGGACAAGUUCCUGGGCCGCAUCACCUUCAGGAUCAAGGUCACGGAGUAAAAUGCGGAGACGACCCGCGACAUAUAAAACCAGAUGAGGCUGCCCACGUUUGCUAAGGAUUUAGGUUAAAAAAUAUAUAGAAAAUACAAGGAAGGAAGUGUCAAAUAGGUCACAAAGACGGCAUUUUGAGAUCCGCCGAAACGGUUUGGUGCCGACGAGUUUGGCUUCUGGUAGGAGAGCCAGGUAUACCGUGAUAUCAGGUGUUGCUUUGAUGACAUUUCUGACCCUUCUUUCCUUUAUUAUUCCUUUGCUGACCUCUUCAAAGACCCCCAGAACAAAAUGCAGGCUCUGUUCCUGACCCCCCUCCAUCCCUCCAUCCCUUCAUCCCUUCAUCCCUGCUUUCACCUGUUGCACGGUUCAUUCAUUUUAUUAUUUUUUUAGCAUUGAUGUGAUUAGCUUUCUUAUAGCCAUUGCAACCAAGCCAUUUGGAGCUGUUGUGUAACUGCUGGUACAACUUUUUAUUUUAUGUUUUUUUGUUGUUUUUUUUUUAGACCUUCCUGCUGUCAGGAAGAGUGUGUUUUCAUCAGGACAGUAUUAUCACUGGUGUUGAGAGGAUCUUGCUGUAUAGUAUAAUUGAGAAAGUAGAACAUGACAUUCACAUGACUCAUCGCACAUCACAAAGGCUUCAUAGGAACGUACGUCGAUAAUCAAAUAUAGCCACUGUAUCCCUGUAUAUGAAAUGCCAAUUACAAAGUCCCUUUCUACUAUAAAUACAUUGUGAUCCUUACCAUAUUUAGGGAAUUAUAGAUAGAUCUUUUUGUGUUGUGGCCUCGCGUAGCCACAACCCAGUCUUGUGCUGUCUGUAUGUCUGUCUGUCUGCAUGUCCGUCCGUCCGUCCGUCUGUCUGUCUGCCCGUCUUCCUGUUUACUCACCUCUCCACUGCAAUAGCCAACAUGUGGGUGAGCCCUCCAGGACUUAGACAAGUUGUCUCGCUCCACCUCGCCGGGUGCUGCGAAACCGAUGGUGGCUGAGGCGACACACACUCACAGAAGGUACCGUGUAAAAAUUGCUUCUGAGGCGGAGAGGCGCUGGGAAAGCGUUGCAAAAAUAAGAAGUUCACUGUAACUAUGUACUGUAUAUCUUUACGUGAUCUGUAUAUCUAUCUGGGUCUCAACGAUUGUUAGUUUUCGGUCUUCUUCAGCCUGUUGAUCUGAUUGUCUGCCAAUCUAUUACUCUUCAAUGUAUAUAUAUAUACACUAUCUACCAUAUUUACUUAAUUCACACUGUAUUUUUGUCACAAAACACAAUGUCUGUGCACUGUAAAGAAAUAAUUUAAACAAAGAUUUACAGGAAAUUAUCUUAUUCAAAAAGUAUGUUUACACAGUCUUUAAAGGAACCCGCAUUUGAAAGAACAACUUGUAACAUCUCUUCAGGGUGCCUUAAGACCUGAUGAAAUAAAUUGUGGAAUAAAAGUGAUUUUGAAGAAAAAAAGAAAAAAA